CAAAGAAUUGGAUAUCAAUUCGACUGGAAAAAAAUUAAAAAAAAAAAUAUUUCUCAAUUAGAAUUGUGAGCGUGAUAAUGAGUUUGAAAUCCGAAGAAUCCGAGGAUGAACUUACAAUACCCGAAGAGGAGGAAACUAAAAUCAAUAUAGGGCUCUACAUUGGUGGUCGAAAUAAAAAAGGAGAACGAGAUGGCCGGGGUUGGGCCAUUCUUCCCAAUGGGGAUCAAUACGAUGGUCAAUAUCGUCAAGGUAAACGUCAUGGCAUUGGAUUGUAUGUCUUUCUGGAUGGUUCACGGUAUUAUGGGCAAUAUCGUUGUGGUCAUCGUUCCGGUCGAGGUCUGUUCAUCUAUCCUGAUGGUAGUUAUUAUGAAGGAUGCUGGCGCAAGAAUAUGAAACAUGGCAAAGGUCGUUAUUGCUAUGCAAAUGGUGAUAUCUAUUGUGGCAGUUGGUAUCGGGGAUUGAGACAUGGCAUCGGCAUUUAUACCAUGUCACAAACAUCGCUGGGUUCGUCAUGUGGUCCAUUGCGUUUCAAGGGCACAUGGCGCCAGGGGGUGCGUGUGGGACCCUUUCAAUUAACCUAUGGCAAUGAUGAGAAAUGCACUACCCUACAUGGUACUUGGGAUAAUAAAUAUCCCCAGGGACCGGCCGUCUUUAGUUUUGAUGAUCGUUAUUUGUUGACGGGUUAUUUCCAGACACCCGGAGGUGAUAAAUUUAAGAACAACAUGGAGGAUUCUGAAGAGCAAAAUCUUGAAGAGGAUUUUGAAAAACAAAAUAACUGGUCCCAAGAGCCUUCGUUGUGGCAUGCCCAGGAAAUUUGCAAUUAUGAUUAUGCCCUAUUGCCUCAAGAACCAGUACCAUUACCUUUAUCCGAUUCAGAUUUAUCUGUAUGCUCCAUAGAAAGCAUGCCACCGGAAAUAACGGUUACAAAAGAACCUGUGUGCCAAGGUGAAGGUGAAGAGGGAGAAGAUCAACCACCAAUGGAAUGUAUGUCAUGUGAAUGUGACUGUUCGACCAGUGAAGUGGAGUGUUCUUCCAGCCAAAGUUGCUUACGUCAUGGUAGAGAUCCUUGCGCCAUUGAAAUUACAAAUGAGAAAUGUAAUUGAUUUUUUUGGAGAGAUUUUGAAAAAAUAUAUUUUUGUGUUUUACCAAUGUAA